AUGGAAAAUCGUUUUAUUUCAAGAUUAAGGGAUAUUGGACUAGGGAGCGCCAAAAAGUGCUGGAACUUGCAGGUGGGAAGGAAAUUUGAUGGUAUAUCUGGCAGAGCAGUAUCCUCAUAUCACUGGGGCAAUUUUGGAGAGAUAUGAGGUUACUGAUAUGAUCCAACAAAAACAUUUAUGAAUAUAAUUUGCAAGAGAGAAUUAUGGCAAUUAAUGGAAAUAUGCUUGUGGAUUUAUUUUAUAUUAAAUGAAUAUGCCCAAAAAGCUAGGCAGCAGUUUUAUAUUUGAAAAAAUGAUUAUUUUAGCCACAGUAGAGUAA